AUGGCCGGGUUCAAUGAUCAUGUUGCUAGUGGAGAUUGGAUACCACCUAGCCCUAUCCCGAGCCCGAGCUCAAGAGCACUCAUCUCUUCACUGCUAGCUGAUGAUUUUGGAUGGUCAUCUCAUCUGGAGGAAACUAAUGAAAGUAGAAACCUCGUUGUCGAGCCUCAAGAGCAUGUCACCUGGUGCAACUCUGAUGGGGCACAAACUAGUGCAAUGACUGAUCAAACAGUGAAUGUGAGUGCACCAUCAGAGCAGAACACGAGUUCUCGUGGAGGGCUCAUGGAAAGAAUGGUAGCUAGAACUGGAUUUAACGUCCCGAGGCUGAAUACAGAUGGCCUUAGACCUCCUUUUGUGUCACAGAAUCAAGAAGUUAAGUCUCCUUAUUUGAGUAUUGCUGCUGGUCUCAGUCCAUCAAUCCUCUUAUAUUCACCUGUUUUGCUCUAUAAUUCACUGGUUUAUCCAUCUCCUACAACUGGACUAUUACCAUGUGCCUCAGGCAACGAGAGUAGAAGUGUUAUGUUGACGACUGAAGCUGCAGAUAAGAGGAAUGAGACUGCUUUAGGGACUAAUAGUUCAUCUUCCUUGUCUUUCAAUCCAAUUAUGGAGACUGGCGGAGUAACCACAAUAUCUCUCUCUCAUGUAAACGAGUUUAGUCAAAUUGAGGGUUCAGUUCAUCCAAAUAACUCUCUUCAACUUCAUAGUAUGGCAGCAACUCAAAAUGAACAGAUAUGUCAUGAAACAACUGAUUUCCCUAUGUUUACUGAAGAGGAUGUCCGGGGUAGUGAUAAAAAUCCAGAGAUAAGGACCUUUAAUGCAGUUGGUGGUAGUACGGAGCAUUCUCCGUCUCUUGAAGAGCAACAAGAUGAGGACACUGAUGGUGAUUCUUCAGUUGAAGAUGGUUAUAAUUGGAUAAAAUAUGGGGAAAAUCAAGCUAAAGGAAGUGAGUAUCCUCGGAGUUUUUAUAAGUGCACACAUCCAAAUUGUCUUGUCAAGAAGGAAAUAGCGCGAUAUCAUAAAGGUCAUGUCACGGAAAUUAUAUACAAUGGGGCUCACAAUCACCCAAAACCACUGCCAAAUCAGAUAUCAGCCCUCGGAUCUUCAAGUUCAUUUGGUGACAUGCAACUAGACAAUGUGGAUCCAACUGGAACAGGUGCUAACAGUGAGCUGGCUUUGGAAACCAUCCAACAAGGACCUACUGCUGGAGGCCUCGAGUGGAAGAACGACAAUCUUGAAGCAACGUCAUUAGCAGAUUUGCACUCUGAAUACUGCAGGGGAGCUGCCACUUUACAUUCAAAUGAUGCUCAGGUGGGAUCAGCGGAUGCAACUGACAUAUCAUCUACUUUUACAACUGACGGAGAUGAUCAUGGUACUCGUGGCAGUGCAUCUCUAGAUUGUGAUGAUGGAGGAGAUGAGUCCGAGUCUAAAAUAAGGAAGAUAGAACCGGAUGCAACAGAUACGAGAAGCGUCAGCAGAUCAAUCAGGCAGCCAAGAAUUGUGGUACAAACUAUCAGUGAGGUAGAUGUCCUUGAUGAUGGAUAUCGCUGGCGCAAGUAUGGGCAAAAGGUGGUUAAAGGCAAUCCAAAUCCUAGGAGUUACUACAAGUGCACAAACCCCGGCUGCAAUGUCAGGAAACAUGUCGAGAGGGCCCCAUUAGAUCAGAGGUCUGUUAUCACCACUUAUGAUGGGAAGCACAACCAUGACGUUCCAGCAGAACGCAGCAGUAGCCAAGUUAGCUCAGGUGCUUCAAACUCUCGCUCCAACCCGAUAACUACUAAUGCUCAAGACCAGGUAGGUAGGCCUGAGCCUAAACAACUUCAGAAGACCAGCAAGCGUUAUGGAAAGGCUCCCUCAUUUGGUCCUACCUCAGGAUCUAACAGUUUCGAAACUAACCAGCAGCAAGGUCUAACCGAUCUUUCUAUGACUGGAUUCAACUCUGAUCAGCACCAGUUUUCAGUCCCUUCCCAUCCAUAUACAGGAUGGCUACAACCUGUUAACGAUGCUGGUUUCGUGCUUCCAGAAGGAGAACCAAUGCCAGAUCCUAAUAUGAACUACUCCAAUGCCUCAUCAACUUAUCAGCAAACUAUGAAUGGAUUGCCUCCUGGACCUCAGAUGUGA